CAUUUCGAGAUGUUAACACCUCAAGUCAAGUGUUACGAACUUCUAACACUCACUGUGUUAACUAUAGUUAAAACCACUAAAAUGGAAAGCCUGGGAAAUCACCCAAUUAUUGUCAUUGGUCUGAUAGAGGAGAAGGCAGAAUUACCUUGUUACAUCACAAGUAUUCAAAAGGACGACAUCCCCACUCUUGUGUUCUGGUACAAGGACAACAUCACUAAACCAAUCUACACUCUUGACGCGAGACGACGAUCUCUCGUUCGAGCCCGACACUCAUCUGUCUUCAUGACUAGUCGAGUCCGCUUCGUCACAGAUACCAAACCGGCUCUUCUGAUGUUCAGCUCACUGAAUAGCGAUGACCAAGGGUCAUAUCGAUGUCGGGCGGAUUUCAUUCAUGCCAGAACUCGCUACACAGACAGUAUCCUAAAGGUUAUUGAACCUCCCAAGAAGCCUGUAAUUAGGGACCAAAACGGAAAAAUCCUGAGAAGCCUGAUAGGACCUUACAAUGAAGGAGAUUCGUUAUUAGUCAUUUGUGAGGUCGAAGGAGGAGUUCCCUCACCUAAUGUGUCGUGGUGGAGAGAGUCAGUUCUUUUGGACGACACAUUCAAAAUCAUAAAAGCUGGAACUGUUACUAACGAACUGCUAAUCCCAAGCUUACAGCGGCAUGACUUAAUGGCUGCUUACAGUUGUCGUGUUUCUAUCUACAACCUAACGUCUUCAUUCUCAUCGACGGUAACCGUGGAUAUGAACUUUAGACCGUUAGCUGUCAGGAUCGAGAAGGAACAAGCGAUCCUUAAAGCCGGAAAGACGACCAAGUUGGAAUGUCAGGCUAUCGGUUCCCGCCCUGCUGCUGUCGUCACGUGGUGGAAAGAUGGCAGGAGCCUAAGGAAUGUCAAGUCGAGUAAUUCAGUAGAUGGAAACGUCACAACAAGCAUAUUAACAUUUAAACCAUCUAUUUUGGAUAACAACAAAACCCUGAUUUGUAAAGCUCAGAAUCCACUUAUAAGAAACGUCGUACUGAAGGACGAGAUAAACCUUAAUAUUCACU